UAACAGCUCUGUUACGAAAAACUCUUGUGUGUGAAACAACUAGUUCUUCGCGUGUGAGCAACUAACAGCUUUUCAUCAUGACAGAGACUGUGAAAUGUGUGUGUGUGUGUGUGUCAGUGUCAGCGCAGCUCCGUUUAUUUCCGGGUGGUACGAGGCUGCUCCGGUACACCCCAGCUAGCAUCACUUGAUUCAGCCUCCCUCCUCCACCCAGCCACAAACAGUACCAAGCAGUUAUUCACCGAGACAGAUAUUUAAUUGAUGUCUUAUAGCUGAAAGCCAAAGCGGGAGGGCAGCGGGCAGGAGUUAUGGCGGCGUCGCUUCUCUCCGAGACCGACAUCAGGCACCGGUCCAUGGCGGAGGAGGAUCCGAACGGGAAUGAGCACGGGGCGGCUGCACGCAGCGCGGCGCCUCGCUGGGGACCGCAGCACGCCGGGGCCCGACAGCUAGCAAGGCUCUACUCUCCCGGUAAGCGGCUCCAGGAGUGGGUGUGUGUGAUUCUGUGCCUCUUCCUUUUCAUCAUCAACUUCUCCUUCCUCCUCCUGCACUUCUCCACCGUUCACAUCUACAAGAUCUUCCUGGGCAUCGUCCUAGGAAUAGUGACGGCAGACUUUGCAUCGGGGAUGGUACAUUGGGGGGCAGAUACCUGGGGAUCUGUGGACAUCCCUGUAAUUGGCAAGGCAUUUAUACGUCCAUUCAGGGAGCACCACAUUGAUCCAACCGCCAUCACUCGCCACGACUUCAUUGAAACCAAUGGCGACAACUGUAUGAUUCCCAUCCUCCCGCUGGCUCACAUGGCCUACAAGUUCCUCACAUACACACCAGAGGCCUUGACGGCGUCCUAUCCCUGGGACUGCUAUGUCUUCGCCCUGGCGGUUUUUGUGACACUAACCAAUCAGAUUCAUAAAUGGAGUCACUCCUAUUUUGGCCUCCCGCGCUGGGUCACGCUGCUGCAGGACUGGCAUCUGGUGUUGCCACGGAAACACCACCGCAUUCAUCAUGUUUCGCCACACGAGACAUACUACUGCAUUACUACAGGUUGGUGUAACUAUCCACUGGACCAACUGGGCUUUUGGAGACGGAUGGAGCAAUUGAUCCAGCGACUUACAGGGCAGAAACCGCGAUCAGAUGACCUGGCGUGGGCCAAGAAGACGGACAGAUAAACACACAGACAUAUGGACGGAGGAGUGGACAGAUGGGUUUGCAUAGCAGUCGAGAUGGAUGGGGGAAAAACACAUGUGCGCGUGCAAACACAGAUUUUACUCGUGUCUCUGUAAUUCUUGCUUUUUUUUUUGCUAAAAAGCAAACUGUUUGUGGAAAAAAAAAAAAUUAAAGACGGUUUGAGUGACUUGUUUAUGUGCUGGAGUCUGUAUUCUAACAAGCUUCGAAAACGAUACUAGAUGAUAACACUUAUACAGCCUAUCAGCUCGUAGUCCUGUUUGACCAAUGAUGUGUGGUGGUGGUGUGCUGUGCUGUGCUGUGUAGGUGUUGGAGGUUUCUGGAGGUUGGGCUCUCCAGGAAUGACACCACACACACAUUAACACACACAUGAAGUCAAAUGUUCAGUCGCUGUCUUUUCUGAUUUCUUUGUGUCUGUUGGUAUUAUUGUUUUUGACUUUUUAAAGGCCCUUCUAGAAAGCUCACCCCCCCCCCCCUUCAAAUUCUGUUUUUACACACCAGCCGGUGGUUGUGUGCUUCAGAAUAAAAGUCUAGGCAGUUGUAAGAGUCAAAAGUUAAAUAUCACGUCGCCCUGUUUUGGUGAGUGAUUAGCAGCACUUUGUCCAUCCUGUGUGUGCUUCGACAAACAUUACUCACUGAUGUUUUACAGACACUCGGAACAGUCUGGAUGUUUUUGGAUCUUUAGGAAUACACUUCUGUAUGCACAAAAGCUUCUAAAUGAACAUAUUCACGUGAUAAAUCUAAUCAGUAAAAUCUUUUGAUUCACUUGAAAGUCGUUAUAGGGACAUAUAAUUAGAAGUUAUAUUUCGCUUGGAUGCAGAUGAAAUUUUUAGCAGUGACAACCUAGUUGUAGUAAAAAAAAAAAAAAAAAAGCAUUUAAUCUUGUAGCACUUUGAUGCAAACGAAAAAAGGCUUAUUUUUUGUUUCAUCAUGUAUUAGAGUUCUUUAAUGAGAACAUCCACUACGAGCAAAAGAAACAGUGCAGCCAUCAGUCUUGGCAGACGGUGAGGGGACACAGCUGAAAGUGUAACUGGUGGUUUAGCAGGUUAAAAAAGGUAUAAAGCAGGUGGCCUUGAACAAGUUUUUAUUUACAGGAAUGCAAUGACAUUUUGAAAUAUAUGCUUUUCCUUGCCAGGAGUCAGUACCACUACAUGUCAGGAUGAUGAAUAUGGGGAUCAGCUAGCUGGCUGAAAGUGAGAAACAGCUAUCCUGUGUCUGCCCAAAGCUAACAAUUGACCUACCAGCACCUUUGAAGCUCACUAAUGAACACAUUUACACAUUACAUAUUUAAUAUGUACAAAAAGCAAACUUGUCACCUUCAAAUGGAGCCAGGCUAGCUGUCCGGUCUUUGUGCUGAGUACUUCAAUAUUUACCAUACAGAUGUGAGUAACAUCAGUCCUCUCACCUCAGCAAGGGGGGCAAAUUUCACAAAUCAUCUGAAUAAAAUACAAAAGUAAGAUGGAAUGGAAAUGGAAUGAAAAAAAGUCUGGCAUGUUGCUGCUCAGGUCAGGAAAGCUUAGCUGGUUGCUGCCUUCAAAUCCUGCUUCUUAUCACAUUCUGCAUCAGUAGGACUUCUAAUUCAGCUUUUCCAGCUCAGAACAUCCAGAGCACUGCAGAGGACAACAGCUGGCAUAGAAAUAGAAAGAAAGUGUUUCAUGUAUUAUAAAUUUAUGGAUUAAUAAUUGAAUUUAUAAUCCAUUUAUUUAUUUAUCCUCUUAAAUACCUGAUAACAGUAAUGAUGAUAAUAAUGAUAACAUUACAUUUUGUGUUGGAAUCCCUUAUUAAUUUGAACUAAAUAUUUAUGGACGUAAUUUGGCAUAUUUAGUCAUAUAAUAAAUUAAUAAUUUAAUUAGUUAUUAAUACCAUUUUUAUUGUUUUUAUUGUGCAAUUAGUUAUCAAUGAUGAAACCUUUUUUUUUUAUUUUUCUGUGACACUUGUGGUCCUCCAUAGACCACUGUCUAAAGCACUCCCUGAAAAAUAACUUGCAUUCUCCCAAUGUUGAUUUAGGAAAGCGUAAAAAUCAUUUUGUACCACAAAUAAACAUCUCUUCAUUAACACUUGUAGUCAUUCAUUCCCAAACUUGAUUCAUUGCUGUGUUCGAAUCUCACAUCCUCUAAUAGAAUAGACAAAGAAAUCUCUUCAGCAGAUCUGCAAGAUGCUACAAGAUGCUAAUUGGAGCUGCUGUCUCCCCCACUGUGCUGCUUAUUUGACUGCUACUGUAAACACACAACAACAAGAUGUGUCACAAACCUCGAAACCCAAAUCAGAGAGGUUCACUGGCAGGGCAGCAUUUUUACAUCACUUUGUGUCAGCUGACUUACCUGUAGUGCUAUACACACACACACACACACACACACAUAUAUAUAUAUAUAUAUAUAUAUAUAUAUAUAUUUCUUUUUUGUCCAGCAAAGGCUGGUGACCAGGUUGCUUACAGAAUACAAACAGUAUGUGUCCGGUCUCUCUGAUUUGUGUUUCAGAUGGUGACGUGCACUUUUGUUGGCUGAUAAUGGCUUUAUUAAUAACCUUCACUUGUAUUUUAUUUCUAAGCUGGAAAUCAUUUAAUCACAGAAGGUCAAUAACAACAGCACUUUAUUGCUUUACUAAGUAAAAUGUUUGAAAAUGUGUCCUGCUACUAUUCAUUCACUCAUGAUUCCUCAUACUCAGAUAAAAUCACACAUUUGAUUUGCAUGCACACACUUAAAUGAAGUCAUACACAAACACACAGGCUCUUCCUCACUUUGUGUUCUGUUGUUUUCUCUGGCUUUAUAAUUUUCUAUUUUUUUAUCGAUGGAUCAAGCCUUGUAUAGCUGGAUUUCGACGUUCCAUUUUGCAGCUUGCUGCUCGUCUUUGCCUUAAUGUUUUUAUCUGCUCUUUGAUUUAAAUAAAGGUUUAUUAACUCCA